AUGACACAUGAGCAAGCUACAAGUCCUAUGUGCCUUGGCACUAGCUCUGCUAUUAGCAACGAAAAAGUUAACUUGACUGGUCAAUUAGAUACAAAUGAUACCGUUAUACUAGAUCAAUCUACAGGCAUUGAUUUAGAAACUAUCUUCACCUACGAAGACAAGAUUGCUGAAAUCAAAAAAGGAGAAAGCGAGAAUUCUUUAGUCCGAUUAUAUCAAAAAGUGCUUAAAGCCAAAAAUUGUGUAAUUCAGACCUAUCAAGAAGAAAUUCGGUGCUAG